UAAAUCAAUAAUUGGGUUUAAAAAGGGAGUGGGGGCUUUGAAAAAUAUGAAAAUUUUAAAAUUUUAAAAUUUAAAGAAGAAGAAGAAGAAGAAGAAGAGGAGGAGAGGAUGAGUGGAGGAGGAAAGGUGGUGUGUGUAACGGGAGGUUCUGGUUAUAUAGCCUCAUGGCUUGUGAAGCUACUGCUUCAACGUGGCUACACUGUUAAAGCCACACUGCGUGACCCGUAUGAUACGAAGAAAACAGAGCACUUGCUUGGACUUGAUGGGGCAAAGGAAAGACUUCGUUUGAUGAAAGCAGAGUUACUUGAAGAAGGGUGUUUUGACUCUGUGGUUGAUGGAUGCCAUGGUGUAUUUCACACUGCUUCUCCUGUCUCCUUUUCACCAUCUGAUCCACAGACAGAACUAAUUGAACCGGCAGUGACAGGAACACUUAAUGUACUAAAAUCAUGUGCAAAAACUUCAAGCAUCAAGAGGGUGGUUUUGACAUCUUCUAUUGCCACAGUUCUUUACAAUGGAAAACCUCUCACCCCUCAAGUUGUGGUUGAUGAGACUUGGCAAUCUGAUGUUGAUUUUUGCCAAAAAUCAAAGCAGUUGUGGUACAUGGUUUCAAAAGUACUUGCAGAGGAAGCUGCUUUGGAAUUUUCAAAGCAACAUGGAAUUGAUUUGGUUAUAAUGAACCCAGGAUUUGUGAUUGGUCCUCUGUUGCAGCCAACUCUCAAUUUCUCCCUCCAAGUCAUUCUCAAAAUGAUCAAUGGAGAUAUAGUGUUCCCAGGAUCAGAUUAUAGAUUUGUUGAUGUGAGAGAUGUGGCAAAUGCUCAUAUUCAAGCUUUUGAAAUUGAUUCUGCUUGUGGGAGAUAUUGUUUGGUUGCAGAAGCUUUAGCUUUGUCCCAGGUGCUCCAGAUUUUGCAUCAACAAUUUCCAGCUCUGCAACUUCUUCCGAG